AUGCUUCACCACGCGUUGCUCAUCGUUUUUAUCGUUCUCGUCACAUUUUCCAACGCAUAUUCGAGGUUUGGAAGUAGCAAUAGUUUGAAGUUGAAUUCUCAAACUGUUGAGCAACCUAGUCUCAAUGACCAAAUGCUUCGUGGUGGCGAAAUUCGAUUCUACGGUCGAUUCAGAGACGGAAAUAAUGAUGUUCUCAAUCGAUACUUCAAUCGGUUGAAUCGCAGGCAAACUGACGACCUUCACGAUUGGCUGACUGAAGAACAGAAAACCGAGCUGAAGAAGUUUGAUAAAACCAGUGGCGAAUUUAAAGCAAAGAUUGGAGAAUAUUAUAGUGCUCUUCCAGAAGAAAAAAAGACAGAAUGGAAUUCAUUCUACAGAAAACAUUGCUGGGAUUGGGCCAAGAAAGUUGCCAGCGACGAGGAAUUCCAAGCUCUUCAGGAUUUGCUCUCAACUAGAAAUAUUGAGGAAGCUAAAAUGAAAGUGGCGACAUUUAAGGAUAAAGUUGACGAAAAAGAAAGAAAAAAUGUCGAACUUUGGGAGGAUGAUUGUUACAAAUUGUACACAACAAGAAAGAUUCGUCACGUCUCAGAUAUGAAUCAGUUUUCACAAUGGCUGACAUUAGAGCAGAUUGAGGAACUUCAAGAACUGAAAUAUGAGGAAAACGGAAAAGGAAAGAGAAUUGCUAAAAUGAUUGAAUUCUUCUAUGAACUUCCAAACAGAAAGCAAAACGCAUUGAAAAAUAUUUACAUUCGGCGAUGCAAGCAAUAUUUUGCACCUCUCGUUUCCCAGAAAGAGUUUGAAGAGAUUGAGCGUUUAUAUGCAGACGAGGAAUCUUCUAUUAAAUUUGUUCAGUCCAUCAUCAAUCAUCUUGAGAACGAGAAGCAUUCUGACGAUUAUCUCAUAGAUGUCUGUACCUCAGUAUAUGAUGUUUCCAGUAGAAGACGUCGUGAAAUCGACAGCGCUGUGAAGGAGUUUGUACAAUGGAUGACGCCCGAGCAAUUGAAGGAAAUUGGAGAAUUGAAGUCGUCUGGAAAGUCAGAAGAAGAAAUUAGAGCCAAAGUGAAAGCAUUCUUCGGAAAUCUUCCAUCUGAAAAGCAAAAGACGCUCAAGGACGAAUUCAAGGGAAAAUGCAGGGAUUUCUUCAGCCCAUUGAUGACUUCGGAUGAAUUGGAGCAGAUCAAAGCUCUGAAAGGAAACAAAGAAGCUGCUGGAAAACUCGUUCAGCAGGUCGUUGACCGAUUGGAAGGCGACAAGAAGACGUCGGCUCAGAAGCUGAUGAAGAUUUGCGGAGAAGUCUAUGAUGAAUCGAGCCGAAGACGUCGUGAAAUCGACAGCGCCGUGAAGGAGUUUGUACAAUGGAUGACGCCCGAGCAAUUGAAGGAAAUUGGAGAAUUGAAGUCGUCUGGAAAGUCAGAAGAAGAAAUUAGAGCCAAAGUGAAAGCAUUCUUCGGAAAUCUUCCAUCUGAAAAGCAAAAGACGCUCAAGGACGAAUUCAAGGGAAAAUGCAGGGAUUUCUUCAGCCCAUUGAUGACUUCGGAUGAAUUGGAGCAGAUCAAAGCUCUGAAAGGAAACAAAGAAGCUGCUGGAAAACUCGUUCAGCAGGUCGUUGAUCGAUUGGAAGGCGACAAGAAGACGUCGGCUCAGAAGCUGAUGAAGAUUUGCGGAGAAGUCUAUGAUGAAUCGAGCCGAAGACGUCGUGAAAUCGACAGCGCUGUGAAGGAGUUUGUACAAUGGAUGACGCCCGAGCAAUUGAAGGAAAUUGGAGAAUUGAAGUCGUCUGGAAAGUCAGAAGAAGAAAUUAGAACCAAAGUGAAAGCAUUCUUCGGAAAUCUUCCAUCUGAAAAGCAAAAGACGCUCAAGGACGAAUUCAAGGGAAAAUGCAGGAAUUUCUUCAGCCCAUUGAUGACUUCGGAUGAAUUGGAGCAGAUCAAAGCUCUGAAAGGAAACAAAGAAGCUGCUGGAAAACUCGUUCAGCAGGUCGUUGAUCGAUUGGAAGGCGACAAGAAGACGUCGGCUCAGAAGCUGAUGAAGAUUUGCGGAGAAGUCUAUGAUGAAUCGAGCCGAAGACGUCGCGAUGUGACCGUAAAAGAUUUCAUUAGCUGGAUGACGCCAGAACAGUUAAAAGAACUUGAAGAUCUAAAGUCAGCGGGAAGUUCCGAAAUGGCAAUUCGCGACAAGACUAUUUCGUUUUUCGAAAAGUUGCCGAGUGAGCAGCAAUCAAAAGUUCGUGAAGAAUUGAAAGGGAAAUGCCGCGCGUUUUUCUCUCCGCUUUUGAACGACGACGAGAAAAAUAAAAUUAAAAGUUUGAUUGCUAACGAAGACAAGUCAGAAGCAGCAAGUGUUAUCAAAUCAGCCGUGCAAAGACAAGAAGGAGAUGCGAAAAAGAAGGCUGAAAAACUGUUCACUGUUUGUGGCGAAGUGUACAAGGAGGACAAGAAGGCUAAGAGAGACGUUAGGAGCAAAAUUGCAAAACAUCUAGCUUGGCUAACAGAUGAACAGAAAGAUGAAAUCGAAAAAAUGGCAAACGAAGGAGCCGAUAAAGAAGAGAUCAAGAAGAAACUUUUCGAGUUCGUUGAAAUUCAUGAGAAAGACCCAUCUCAGAAGGAAAAAACUGUGAAAUUGUGCUAUAAAUGGAUGGACGAUGUGGCUUCAAAAGAAGAAAUUGAAAGUCUUCAUAAACUUCAUCACGUCGAUCAUGCAUCAUGUAAAAAGAAAGUUCGAGAAUUCAUUUCACGACUUUCUGAGGAACGCCAAAAGCAAGUCGAAGCAUCCCUUCCUUUCUGUGAAAAACUCUGGUAUGGAAGCCACUCUGAUCAUCACCACAAUCAUCACAGAAUGAGAAGACAUCUCCAAGUAAUUGAGAAGUACGUCAAUUGGCUUGAUGAAAGCCAACUUUCUCAUUUGAAGAAGUUGGAUGCGGCUGGAACCGAUUUUGAAAUAAUAAUUGACAAGCUUCGUGAAUACUUCGCAGCUCUUCCAGAAGAACGCCAGAAUGAAUUAAAAUCAAAUUUUAAAACACGUUGCGUUACAUGGGCUAAGGAGGUUUCAAAGCCAAUGGAAUGGAUGGAAAUUAAGAAAUUUUAUGAAAGCGGAGAUCACGAGGCUUUGAAACAAAAGCUAAUUGAACUCGAGGAACGGCUCACGGAAAAUCAGAAGCACACAAUCGAACAUGUCCGUGGAGUUUGCUACAAACUUUGGGGAAUAAAGGUCUCACGACGUCGUCAUGUUAUCAACGAAAACUAA